AUGGCGGGUUUUACGGAGAAUGCAUUAAUACGUAAGUUACAAGAUUUGAAUUCAAGCCAACAGAGCAUUCAAACAUUAUCAUUAUGGUUAAUACACCAUCGAAAACAUCACGCUGCCGUAGUAAAAACUUGGUUUAAAGAAUUGUUAAAAGCAAAAGAUAGCAAACAACUCACUUUUAUGUACCUGGCUAAUGAUGUGAUACAAAAUAGUAAAAAGAAAGGCCCAGAGUAUGGUAAAGAGUUUGGUGAAGUUUUGAUAGAAUCAUUUCAACAUAUGGCUAAGACUGGCAUAAAUGCAAAAACUAAGCAUUCAUUACACCGAAUAUUAUCUAUUUGGCAAGAAAGAGGAGUGUAUGAUGCCCAGAAAAUACAAGAAUUUAAAGAAGCCAUGGAUCCAAAUGAUGCAAUCCCUAUUAAAGGGAGCAAACGUAAAUCGUUAGAUGUUGAUGUAAAAGAGUCUGAAAAGAAGCCAAAGCUAGAAAAUAAGGAAAACCGUGAACGACGUAAAAGUGAAACUAAGGUAGAAGUUGACGGCCAUGUUGAAACACAUGUGACACUCAGUCCAAAAACUCCUCCAGGAGAUCCCCCUGAACCUGAAGAUUUAAUUAAGGCAUUACUAGAAUUAGAAUCAAGUGCCUCGAGUGAUGAAGCAGUGAGGGAGCGAAUUGCCUCAUUGCCCCCGGAAGUAUCCGAAGUGCAAUUAUUGUCUAAACUAGAAGAUAAAGAAUCAGCACAAAGCCUUAGUGCAGUGGUAAACUCUGCUGUGGAACUCUUGGCUGAGUAUAACCUUAGGCUGUCCGAAGAGUUAGAGAAGAGAAGACGAGUGGCUGGCAUGUUAAGAGAUUUUGCUCAAGCACAGAAAGAUCUUGCUAAGCAGGCUGAGGCAAGGCUUGAGGAAUAUAACAUAAAGUUGCAGAAGAUCUAUGCGGUAAAAGCAGAAGUUAAAUCGCACAUAGAAAACCUGCCUGAUGUGUCGAGACUGCCUGACGUUACUGGAGGCUUGGCACCUCUUCCUUCCGCUGGUGAUCUCUUCAGUGUC